UUCACAAUCACAUUUACUGGCUUACUCAGCGCCAGCAAGCUUUAGUUUAACUUUCAAAGCCGCAAGAGUAACAAGUUCGUCGCUCUGUAUAAAAAUCCCAAAGAAAUAUAUAAAUUUCCACUCAUAGAUUUCGAUUGAAUAUACGCGGUGGUGUCUAGUCAUCUUUUUUCUGCAGUUAGAAAAGCAGAAUACAUUUUAUUCCUCUAAUAAAUCGAUAAAUUCGUGGGAGAAAAAUGUCCGAAGAAGCAGAUCUGAGUAAUCAAGACCUCUACUCAUUGGAAGCCAAUUUGGUUAACAAGUCGAUGCGAGAAUUGGCAAAUGGCGAGGAGAAAGAUCCAAUUACCAAAUUACGUUUGUUGUGUCUGAGUCGAGGGGCAACUGGUAUUGUCGGUUUGGGCAGAGCUUUCCGCAAUAUGGACGACGAUGGCAGCAAAGCACUGAACGAGGAAGAAUUCAUCAAUGGCAUACGUGAGACGGGUUUAGAUGUAAGCGACGAGGAAAUCAAGGAGAUGUUCAAGUGUUUCGAUGAAGAUGGCAGCGGUUCCAUUAACAUGACAGAGUUUCUAUUGAAAUUGCGGCCACCGAUGUCGCAGUGCCGUCUAGACGUCAUCCAUCAAGCUUUCGCCAAGAUGGACAAGUCCGGCGAUGGCGUUAUUACUGUGGAUGACUUGAAGAAUGUCUACUCAGUGAAAGAGCAUCCGAAAUUUCAGAGUGGCGAGUUGAGUGAAGAUGAAAUACUGACGGAAUUUUUGAAUAAUUUCGAGGGUGGACGUGGAAAUUUGGAUGGAAAGAUCACCAAAGAAGAAUUCGAGAACUAUUAUGCGACCAUUAGCGCCUCCAUUGACAACGAUAUGUUCUUCGACCUGAUCUUGAGACGUGCCUAUGCUUUGUAAAUCAACUUUCCAAGUUAACCGAUGACGCAUUGAAGUCUCGCAGUGUUUCAGUAUUUAAGAAUCUCUACUAGUUUUAGAUUUCACUACUUUGUAUGUUUUAUGUUGUGAAAAACUGAAAAUGUAUGUCUACAUAUAGUAUACGAUGAUUUCGAUCGAUGUAAAUUAAUUAUCAUAAAUAUAAAUUCACUCUUUGCUUAUAAUUUCCAGCAAGCAAAAUUAUAAA